AUGGUGUUCUCAGUGGAGCUGCUGGAUAGAGAAGGAGGCGAGAUUCGUGCAAGCUUGUUCAACGAAGCUGCGGAGCAGCACUAUGAUCUCAUGCAGUGCGGAAGAUGCUUCACGCUGUGCAACGGCAUCGUGCGCCCUGCCCAGAAGAAGUACAGCGUGCUCAAGCAUGGCUACGAGCUGGUGUUCGACGGCAGAUGUCAGAUACACAUGGUAGACGACGACGCUGACAUCGGAGCAGUGCGUCUAGCCGUGCAGAAGAUUGCUUCAGUGACACAGAUGGCUGUGCCUAGCAGCGUGGAUAUCUGCGGAGUCAUCGUUUCAGCGGAGCACCCUCAAGAGUUUCAGACCAAAGAAGGAAAAGCUUUAGUCAAGCGAGAGAUCACUGUGGCAGACGACAGCGGCCACAGCGUGCUGAUUACCUUGUGGGGUGACAGAGCCAGAUUAGAUAGUCGCGAGUUUGCCGGCAGCCCCGUGGUAGCCCUCAAAGGAGUUCAGGUCAAGGAGUGGAUGAGCUGUCGAAGCGGCUCCAUGGCGGAAGCAGGAUCCAUGAUACUCAACCCAACCUUCUUGCCAGAGGCGCAGCGGGUAGCCGCCUGGUGGUACAAGGGAGGCAACCAGCAGAGAUUGACCUACAUCUCACAUUCGAGCAGCCAGCUGGUAGUCUUCGACCUCCACAAAGAGCGACCUCGGUAG